AUGCUGAAUACAUAUCUAAAAAAUCAUGUAUUAACAGAAGUAGAAAAGGCUAUUUUAAAACCUUAUUUUGAAAAUCAAGAUCCUAGUAAUAUAGAAACUGAAGCAGUAUUAGAUUCACUUUUAAAGCUAUCAUCAGAUUAUUGGACAAAACAAAAAGUUAGAAAUGCAUGGAGAUAUAUGCAAAGGAAAAAAACACAAUUAAAUAAGUAG